UCUCCCCAUCCCUCUCUCCCUCGCUUCCUCUCUCGGCUGACAAGGAUACACGACUUACGCCGCGACACUGAGGGGGAGAGAGAGGUCAGAGAGGGAGAGAGAAGAAGAGGGUGGGAGAGAGAGGGACAUAGAAAGAGAGUGGGAGCGAACUGAAAGGAGCAUCUAAGGGGAUAACUGCCUGUUUGUUCACAGUGUUUCUCCCUCCCGUCAUCUCUCACGCGGGCACGGGUGCACACACCCACAUUCACACACUCUCAAUCACACGCGCACACUCGCGGUCACACAUUCACUCUCAGUCACACAAAUGCUGACAGGCAAAGCCACAGAUCUCAGGCUGGGAGAUGAAGAGGCUCACAGCUGAGGAAAUGAAUCUGGGUAGAAAAGAGUGAAACAGAGGGCACAGCGGAGAAAGAGAAAGAAAGAGGCGAGGAGGACGAGGAGAGGGACAGAUGGAGUAGUCACCGAUGAUGCUAGGUAACCAAGGAACGGAGCACAUAGGGUGAAAGAGUGCUGUGAAAGAAAGAAAAAGAAAGGAAGGAAGCACGGAAAUAACUGGAGUGAUUUGAGAAUGAAAGAAUACAAAGAAACAACAAACAACCAGGAGGGAAGGAAAGAAGAAAACGAGAGGUUUGGAGAAGACCCAGUGUGUGACUACUCGAUGUGGUGAAGGAUAUACUGUGAGCCACUUCACUUGAACCCCAUAUUGCUACCACAGAGGGAGGGGACCCCCAGCUCCAGGAAAGGGGGAAGACGAAAAGCAGAUGGUCGGAAGGCAGGUGGGAGAGAGAGAGAAUGAACACAUGAUCCGGGUUGGUGCAGUGGAGUUAGCGGAUCUUGGGCUUUUCUGUUAUUCGGCCCUAGAAGAUGACUCACUGAAAAAGGUACUGGACGAGAGAAAGAGAGCGAGAAUGUGAGAAAGCCGGAGAGGAAGAUAAACCAUUACGGGGAGUCACACAGCGAUGUCCCACUUCUUACCAAUCCAAUCUUCUCGCAGCCUCAUGGGACAAUGCUGAGCGGGUUGGAAGGGCCGGCCUGUAGAUUUGGUGAUGGGAAGGAUGGACAAAGUGUAUUCAGUGGAGCCGUGCCUAUUCGCCGGUAGAUACUGUGCCCCCGUCACGAUUCCAUCUCCAGGGAUAUUAUUAGGAGUACGUUGGAGCUGAGUGCAUCCGGGAGUCAUGCAACAGUCACGCUCACCUCUCCCUUCCUGCUCUUCUGACUUUUUAAUGUUAAACGUCCCCCUUUUAGAUUUUGUAUGAGGGAUAUGAGCCUUGAUUUAAGUUUGCAUUGCUCUCAUGUUUAAUGUGCUGACGUAAUUAUUCUUUAAUGCGGCUUCGAGGAACUGCUCUGUUUUAAGUAAUUCAGGAAGCUGAGUGGACUGUAUGAUGAAUAAAUGAAGCUCCGUGGACUAUGAGAAUCCGGUUCAUCCUGAAGACUUUGUGAUGUUGAAGCUCAGGAUGCGGUUCUUUCUAUCUGUAGUCUGAGCAAAGUAAAGAUCCUCUGGCUUUGUUUUUCAGGAAGGCAGAUUGCCAGAGAAACCAUCAUACACACACACACACCUGAGAAGGGACUUAGCCCUUUGGAGUGCUGCAGAAUGAGGUGGUAGGACAGGCAGCUCUGCAGUGGAACAAUGACCUCCAUUCAUCUCUUAUUGGUUACUCAUACCAACAGACUACAGCUGUUUCAUCCGAUGGAACUCCAUCUAAACAAACCAGAUAAUACCGGUAUCCCACUGUCCUGGAGAAUAAACGGACAGUCAAUGGUCACAUUUAUUUGAGCUACAGAAUAGAAUUACUCUUGGACAGAGGAUUUCAUCACGUCAAACGGCCUGCAGGGACUGUGGAUGUCGGGAGGAAGGACGCGGUGUCAAAGGAGACAUGGUGAGCAAAGAGCCAAAUCACUUGCUCACUGGCCAACACACCAACAGCAAGACCGCCGACAAGCUGCCUGGUGCCAUGACCGUGCGCUCUGUGCUGCUAAAUCGCGACUCGCCGGACAUCGAGAGCCGCCUCAAGCGACGCCGCAACCGCACCCAUCAGGUCCGUUUCAAAGACCUGGAGGAUGGCGUGGGAGGCGGGACUCCUGGCGCUGGAGCUGAAACCGAAGGCCACCAGAGGACUGCCGCCGAGCGCGACAGCCCCCACCCCCUGCGGAAGAGCAGCCCCACGAGCCCUGUGGCGGCCCAAGGAUGGCUGACGGAGAGUACAGUCGGCGGUGAGGGGUCCUCCAACCAGACCUCGGUGGUAGGGGCCGUCCGAGGAGACAUGGCCGACACCAUCGAAGUGGUGGCGGCUUUCCUGGCCCGGGCGCCCCCUCACCCGCUCACCCCGGGUCCGACGCGCCGCUGCUGGGCACCACCGCCUUCGCCCCCACGGCCGUGCUCCCUCACGCUGCCUUUUUCCCGGAGGCGGUGCUCCAGUACGGCCAUCCAGACCUCCCCCUGCCUUCAGAAGCCCAAGAACCCGGAGGCACUAGCCACGCGCAGCCGCAGCGAGGGUAAGUCGGCAGGGGUGGAUUUAGACGAUGGACUGGACGAGUACACUACCCACAACCAUGUUUCAGAGACGGCAUCCUGUGACGGAAUAAGCCCUGGGCCUAAGACUAAGCAGGACUUGGUGGACCAACCUAGAGCUAACGCUAGCUCCCUCGUCUUCCGGAAUCACUCGGUCAAUUCUUGGCACGACUCCGAUUCCACUCAACCAGUUCGGCUACGGGACACUGCGGAGCCUUGCUACUGCGACUCUGUGACCUGUGGGAGUGAGGGGUCUAAACGUGAGGGGAGUGCCACUCCGUCGCAAGCCAGGAGGAGAAAACGCAUGAAUCGUGCCGUCAGCGACCCCGGGAGGGAGGUGUGCUACUGCAACACUCCAACCCAGACAGACAGCCCGUGUGUUUCCCCUCCUGAAACACCUCCUCCGUCGACCGUGCAGCCCUGCUCCUCCCAAACUCAGACUGAUAGUCCCUGCGACUCCCCUCCACCCUCGACUGUGAGACCCUCCAUCGCAAAAACUCAGACUAUGCCUCUCUAUGCCUCCUUAACCAGAACUGCGCCAGUCUCUCCCCAUCCAAGAUGUGAAACGCCCCCGAUGGUGGUUCUCUCGCGCAACUCCCUACCCCGAACUGAAUCCAACUGUACACAUCCAUUCAACCGAUCAGAAGUUCCUCCCACUGUGCUUCCAUCUCAAGUUCUAACCACUUUGCUUCAAACUGAAACUGUCCCGUCCUCCAUCUGCCAGAAUCAAAUUAAACCACCAUGCACCACCACCACCACCACCAACUGCCCCUUCCCACCGCAGACGCCAACGCCAGCCCCUUUAACAGCUCCAGCUUGCCCCACCCCAACAUUAACUCCAACUAAAGUCCCUUUCACAGCUCCAGCUUGCCCCACCCCAACACCAACUCCAACUGCAGUCCCUUUCACAGUUCCAGCUUGCCCCACCCCAACACCAACUCCAACUAAAGUCCCUUUCACAGCUCCAGCUUGCCCCACCCCAACACCAACUCCAACUGCAGUCCCUUUCACAGCUCCAGCUUGCCCCACCCCAAAACCAACUCCAACUGCAGUCCCUUUAACAGCUCCAGCUUGCCCCACCCCAAAACCAACUCCAACUGCAGUUCCUUUCACAGCUCCAGCUUGCCCCACCCUAACAUCAACUCCAACUGCAUUUCCUUUCACAGCUCCAGCUUGCCCCACCCCAAAACCAUCUCUAACUGCAGUCCCUUUCACUGCUCCAGCUUGCCCCACCCCAACACCAACUCCAACUGCAGUCCCUUUCAUAGCUCCAACCUACUCCACUCCAACACUAACUUGUACUGCAGUCCCUUUCAUAGCUCCAACCUACUCCACUCCAACACUAACUUCUACUGCAGUCCAUUUCAUAGCUCCAGCUUGCCCCACCCCAAGACCAACAUCAACUGCAGUGCCUUUCACAGCACCAACUUGCCCCACCCCAACACCAUCUCUAACUAUAGCCCCCUGCACCAUCAUAACACAAACAGUCACACCAUGCUCCUUAAAUCAAUCCAUGUCCUCCUGCGCCUCUCCACCACCAACUGUCACAUCCUGUCACCCCCCAGCCCUAGCCACCCCUCCCUACAUCUCCUUAAUUCAGACCAUACCUCCUGGGAACCCCCCGUGUCAAACUGUACCCCCCUGCUCCUUCCAGCCUCCAGCAGUUCCUUCCUACUCCACCCACAUUCAAAUCCAAACCAUAAAAUAUUGCUCCUCCCCCUCCACUACUGUAAAAAGUGGCAACCCCCUGCCUCCAAUGGUAAAAUCCCACCAUACACUGCCGACAACGCCAUAUUGCGGCACUCCGACCAAAACUGUCCCCCUGUACGCAUCCACUUUCCGCCCUGCGCCCCCCUACACCCCCCCGCCUCAGGCCCAACCCAGCAGUGCUGAGGACCGGAGGGCGUCAGAGUGGGAGUGUAGGGGCGAGAGGAGGAUACUUCCGCCGCCACCCCCUCCCCCUCCCCCAUACACCCCUCGCAAAGGGGGGUUGAGCUGCACCCCAGAACAGGACCGCCGAGCGCCUCUGCUAAGGCGGGCCAGCGAGAAGGAGAGGUCAGCGAGGUCGGAGUCACCAGUUCCAAGUCCCAGAGCCAACUCCCUUAAACACAGAGCUCAAACACCCCCGGUCAUCCCUCUGAAGGGGACCCAGGGAGACCAUUGUUUCUCGCCUACCAAAGGCAUCCCCAGGCCCACCUGCCUGGGCCAGGCUCAGGCGCAGCUUGGGGCUCAGCUUGGGGCCCUUCAUAAAAUGCUCUGUUCUGGACCCAACACCCCCAACAGCCAGCAGGCUCUCCCGUCUGGACAGUGCCCUUCAGGGGCCCAGGGAUGCUCUGGCACUGGAAGUGGCCCCACAGCCGGGCCCCUGACAUCCACCCAGGCUGACACCCUCAGGCAGGUCCAGGAGAUCCUGGGGGGGCUGGUUUCGGGCGCCAGGAGUAAACUGGACCCAUCCUGGGUGGCAGAAAAACUAAUGGGCCCUAACGGGCCCCUCCAUGACAUCCGGAGCCUGCAGACCCAGCUUCACAGCCUGGAGGGUGUUCUGGAGACCAGCCAGAAUACCAUCAAGGUCCUGCUGGAUGUCAUUCAGGACUUGGAGAAGAAGGAAGCCGAGAGAGACGGGAGACACUCCUACAGGACGGGCCAGGAUAUAGAAAACUGUGGCACGUGCAGAGACUGUGCCUGCAUCAUAUACAGUGUGGAGCAUGACUUCCGGAUACAGGAGGGGGCGGUGACUCGGACGUGGAGGGUAGGAGACCCUCCUGAAGGCUCCCCGUUGGCAGCAGUGACCCCCCAGCCGACCACGCCACACCGCCAGGACUCACCCCUACCUAUGACACCGGCCCGCCCCUCUCACAGUGGCAAGAAGACCCGGAAGAAGUGCUUCUGGUUCCUGUGAACUUUGAAAUAUCGGCGGACGAAUAAGGAAGGACACAAGAAACAAGGACACUCCUCCUGAGUAACCCCGUAGUAUUAGGGAGAAGAAGGUGAUGGACGUCACAAAAUUAGUUUUGGAAGAAACAGGGAGAACGGGAAAGAUUUAAUAGAUAUGGAUAAUAUGUGUGAAAGUUGUUAUGGAUCAGGAAGGGUUUGGAGAGAAUGACAUUGGUUCUGAUCAUGAUGUGUUAGAACUGUAUAGAAUGGAGAGUGAAACAUGCAUGUGUUCUAGUUGCACCGGAAGGCCUGUUCUUCACCAGAGAUCGGUUGUUGGCACGGGUGGCGAGGUGCAUUAAAAUGUGCUGAAGCAUUCUGAAAACCUGAGUUCUGAAGAGACCUACCUGGUCGGGGUAAAUUACUGAAGUGAAAGUGUAGAAGAUGAAAAGAACAGGUAAGGAUUAAGAAAAUAAUAAUAAAGUAAGUAGGUAUUAAAAGGCUAGGAGAUGGAUGGAGUAUAAAUGAGAGGAAACGGAUGCGUGUACAGAGAGAAGAAAGGACUGAUCCAGGGUCAGCCCUAAUGGACUAAUGAGGGUCAGAACACCAGCUUUUAUAUCCAGAGACAUUUAGACCAAUCAGUUAUUAUUAAGACCCUUAUUUAAAACUUUUAAUAGAAUUGAUCGUAACAAAACUACACACAUACAUACACCUACACACACUCCACAAGUCUGAGAGAUGCGCCAGGAGAAAAAAAGUGAGAAACAAAUGUAAACAUAUUACAGAAAGCUCUAGUGCUUGAAUUGCUAUAUUUCAGAUACGGAUUACUGCUCUAUAAAGUAUUUUACCACAA